UAUAUAUAACAGUGGCAACGUCUAUUUAUUAAUAGUGUAGAAUGAGGGCGGCAACCCAUUCAAAAUUGUCACUAGUCUAAACAAAAGUGCAAAGGUGUACAUUAAUGAAAAUUGAUUAUUUGAUGAUUUAAAUAAAAUAAAAUGGAAAACGAAGAACACCAAUUAGGUAAACCUUUUAAAAUAACUAACCGAUCGCGGGAAAUAAAAAAAGGUGUAGUAGCUGAAUCUUUGGAAGAUCUAACCUCAAAAGUUCGUUCUAAAUUAAAUAUCGAAGAAAACGAAAAUGUGACUGUCGUUUUGGAAGUUGACGGUACAGAAAUCGACGACGAGGAAUAUUUCAGUACAUUAGACUCAAACACGAGUUUAAUGAUACUUACCCAAUCGGAAAAUUGGGUACCUCCAAGUCCUCCCUGUCGACUAAACAUUGAUCAAGUUGAUGAUACCAAGGGUGGAACUGAACUAGUAGGAUUGGUUGAUCGUUUGAAAAGUAACCUUUGUCAUCUUUCGUUACUGGGUGGUGCAGAAUUAGAACUGUUGAGCGAUAUGGAUCCGGAAUCGUUGGUCGAUAUCACUUUUCCCGAUAGAAUUUUUUUGGAAAAUUUAAAAGAAGCUUCAGGGCGUUAUUUAGUGGAAAAAAGACAAGCUCAAGACGCCAUGGAUUUGUUGAGGUUGUACCAAGAGAAAGAGAACGAUGGCGGGAAUUAGACGCCGGUGGCCUCCUACUAUAUUUUUCUGUGUUAUUAUUUUAAUGUGGUCGCCGCAAAAUUUCCCCGGGGUAUUUUAGACAAAAAUAAGACUGAUUUGCCAGUAAGGAAAAUGUCAUGGCGAAAACGAUUUGCUCAAAUCACUAAAGCACACACACAUACACACAUUUUAAACACCAACAAUUUCGUAACGAGAAAAUUACAUUUCUUCUUAUACACGAUAUAAUCAGUCACAAAAUCACGUAUAUAUAUAAUAAUCAAUGUCUUUUAUGAAUUUUAUGUAUUUAAUUAAAAUAAAAAAAUUAAUAUCCAUAA